UUACUACAGUAAUCGUAAAUUUUUUAUCGUUAGUAAUGAAAAUUUGGAUACUACUCUCUUUUCUUACGACCAUUUCUUAUUUCUAUCUCGUGAUGAUUGUAACUUUUCUACUCUAGCGUUUCGGAGUUAUUCAACUCAUUUAGCCACAACGACAUGGAAAACCAGCAUUUAGAAUGCCCAGUUUGUUUUCGGGACAAUUUCAACAGCAGCGAUGCACUAAGUAACCAUGUACAAACCCAUUUCUCUGACAACGAAACGCUUGCUGCAUCCAGCUCCGCGAGGGAAAGGAACCCAGGAAACCAAGACAGAGCACCUACCAUCGAAGAACAGCUCCGAGAACGUCGAAAUCGUAUCUCGGCGUUACGUCAGCCAGCGGCUCAAAGUACAAGCGUCAAACAAAAAUCACAAAAUUCAGACCAAGUUCUUCUCGACAUCGAUGAGUUUCGUAUGGAGAACGAUCGACAAAUAGCAUUGCGUUUAGCUCGGGAAGAAGAGGAUUUGGCAUUUGCUAAGUCGCUGCAAGAGCAAGACAGCGUUAUCAUUAUUUCCGACGAGGAAGAUGCGACUACCAGUGUCAAUCAUCACGAAGACAAUUUCGCAGCGAGCACGUCCGCAGACUCCUUCGCUUCCAAUUCCGCAAUGCAGAUGGAUGUCUUCCAGGGUAAAAACGCCGACAGUGGAUACACAUGUACCUGGGGACUGAUUUCCCGCAUCUCCCAGAUUCUGCGUGAAGAUGAUCGCACUGAAACAUUUCUGCUAGCUGAUGAAUUUGCACAUUUUGCCAGUGAUCCAGAAGAUUACGGAUGGAGUUGUGGAUACCGUAACGCACAGAUGCUGAUCUCGGCCAUGCUGUCCAUUCCGCGUUGCAAGGAACAAUGGCGCGCCCGACUGGGCAGCUGCUUUGUGCCGUCGAUUCUGUACCUGCAGCAGUUAAUGCAGCAGGCAUGGAAUGCCGGUUGGGAUCCGCAAGGCAACACGGAGCAUCGCGGUGAAAUUAUUGGAUCGAAAAACUGGCUCGGCCCGAUUGAUCUCUACAGUAUGCUGAUGAAUUUGGGCAUUGAGUGCCAGAUUACGUUUUUUGUCCACGCAACGAGCAGGGAGGGCCCGCAUCCGGAAUUGUUCCGCUGGUGUCAGGAGCAUUUUGCUAACCGGUCAAAUCGCAAUGUCUUGCCGAUUUAUCUGCAGCACGCGGGCCACAGCCGGACGAUUGCUGGUAUCGAAGUGAUGAAAAAUGGUGGCCAGAACUUCAUUAUCUUUGAUCCCAGUACGAAAAAGGAAAAAGCCCGCAAUACUACAAUAGGCAAAGGGAAGUGGUUAGGAUAUCAUUUCCGACGAUCGUUGAGCACUGUGAAUAAAGCGCGUUACGAAGUUUUGCACCUUACGGGAAACAUCCUCACCCCGGCGGAAAUUGAACGUUGUAAACAAAGUUCCCGGUCUGGAGUUCGUGGUGUUAGGAAGGUGUCUUGAGAGAAAGCACUAACCUUUAUUCUGUUAUUCUGUUAUUAUUCUAUUUUUUACAAAGGUGAUUUUUCGUAUUGACUGUUUAAACAGGCUGUGAUCGAGUUCUCGCCGAUAAGAUUUGUGCGAUCGUUCUCGCAAUGGGUGUCUUCGUCAAUUGUGAUAACGAUUUAUUAAAGAGCUAAAGCAUUG